UGCCGGCUGCUGCGCGUGCGCGAGCCCCGGCGGGGCGCAUGCGCCUUCCACGGCGAUUUCCGUUCCCGACGUUUGGUGGCGCUGGCCUUGAAAAAAGGGAAGGAAAAGUAAAGAGUACAAAUAUCCGGAGAUGUUUCUCGCACAAGAAAACCACAACAAAUAAAGGGCUUGAUGGUAUCCCUAAUAUGAUGGGAUAUAGUUGAAGAUUAAUCUAAAAAAUUGUGACCGCCAGACCCCAGAGUCAGUGGGCAGGGCGUCUUUGCGUUGGCUUUUGGGAAAUGUAGUUGUAAUGCUACCGACGCCGGCUGCUUGCGACAGAAACUACAACCCCCAGAUGCCACCGCAACACUUCAGGUCGCUGUCGGCGAACCAACGGUUCAGGAGGCCAGGGUUAACUGGGAACGUCCAUCUGGUCUUCAAGUACUGAAAUGGAAGUUUGUACUACUAUGCCCAGGAGAAACUUCACUGAAGGAUAAAAGUCGGUCAUAGUAAAUAAAAGAGGCCUUGACCUAUUGGCCCUGGCUAGUCUGGACUGGACCAGCAAAUUUGGCUAACUCCUGUGAUAAAAGCAGCUUUGCAGAUCCCACCUUCCUUUUUGUGGAAUACCGAAUUGCCUGACCAUGGAUUCUGAAUUAUCGCCCAGUCUAAUUGGGAGCUAUCUUAACCCUCCAGAAAGAAUGUAUCCCCCAUCGUUCAUCAAGAAUGAAACAUCUCAGAUUGGCCACCCUGUGAAUUCAGAAGUCACUCCUCCUAAAAUGAUUAAUAGUCCAAAUAACCAAGCACUUGUUUCAGCAUUAAAAACUCUCCAGGAAAAGAUCCAUCGAAUCGAGCUGGAGCGGACUCAGGCUGAGGACAACCUCAACUCUCUGUCCAGAGAGGCCGCGCAGUAUAAAAAGGCCUUGGAGAAUGAGACAAAUGAGCGGAACCUGGCCCACCAGGAACUGAUUAAACAGAAGAAAGAUAUAAGCAUCCAGUUAAGCUCAGCCCGGUCUCGCUGUAUUCUUCUCGAGAAGCAACUCGAAUACACAAAGAGAAUGGUUCUCAAUGUAGAGCGAGAAAAGGCUAUAAUCCUAGAACAACAGGCCCAGCUUCAAAGGGAAAAAGAGCAAGAUCAGAUGAAACUGUAUGCUAAACUUGAAAAGCUCAAUGUCUUAGAAAAAGAGUGUUUUAGAUUGACAGCCACUCAGCAGACUGCUGAGGAUAAGAUAAACUAUCUAGAGGAAAAACUAAAGGAAGAGGAGCAUCAGCGCAAGCUGUUUCAAGACAGAGCGUGUGAGCUUCAAACUGGACUGGAAAUCAGCAGACUUUUAAUGUCUACAGUUUCACAAUCACAGCCCUGUAAGGGAAAGAAGAAACCACCAAAGAAAACGAAGUCUUUAAAGAGGGAACCCCCUCAGCAGAUGGACCCGAAGUGUAGAGCACGGUCUUUGGAGAGGGAGAAGACAAUAAGUGCCUAUGGGCUCCGCAGCUUUCAGAGGCCUGCUCCAGUCGCGGAGCCGCAGUGCCGCUACCAGCCUCUCAGAACAGCUUCCUGGGGCAAAGCUGUACCCCCUGACUCAGGAGAGCCCGUUCCCGUCUGCGACAGUUUGUCUGAUCUUCUAAUGGCGAUGCAGGAGGAGUUGGACCAAAUGGCCGCGGAGCACAGAGAACUACUGAGACACACUGGAAGCCAUUCAGUCUCCGAUGACAUGGAACGCCAGCUGGAGCAAUUAGUCAAGAAGAUGGAGAGCAAAGAAGGCCAGAUUUCCAAACUCAAGAGGCAUCAAGACAGUGUUCGUAAACUGCAGCAAAAAGUUCAGAACUCAAGGAUAAAUGAAUCCUCAGGUAUCCGUCGGGAAGAUGGCAACCCUAAGGGACCAAAGAACGUGAAAAAUAGCCCUAGGAAAUGUUGGGAUGAAGCCAACCCUUUCCAGAAACACAGCACCUGCCAUCCGGCCCAAGUCCACAAUCUCCAGGUGAAGCUGCGGAAGGACGACAUCAAGUGGGAACAGUGAGCAUAGCAAGGCUGCCGCCUAAUGAACCUCACCAGUGAGAGCUUGCGUGUCUACGUGGUUUUUAUUUAAUAUACUUUGAGGACCUUUUCAAUUAUGUUUCUGGCUUCUAUAAAAUGUGAAGUUGUAUAUUUUCAGAAUAAUGGCUAAUGACCUACCAAGAAUCCCAGAAUAAUAAAUGGAUAAUUUUUGUUGUUGGUAUUAACCAGAGGCCCUGCCCUCAUCACCCUGCAGAGGUUGUCAUCUUGCAGCUCCCUUGAGGUAAACCUAAGAAGGGUCCCGAAUGGAGUCUCACUUAAAUCGAGCCGCACCUGAGCUCCGAGGGCCAUUCCACAAUUCCCCUUAGGUAGGCUGUCACCUGCAGAGCAGCUCGGAGUGGACAGAAUCCUUUAACCUCCCUGCCAUUGUCACCUCACCUUGUUUUAGAUCUCAGCAGUGUUCUUGUUUGUUUGGUUUGGAAAGGGGAAAGCACAAUAGUUCCGCAGUUUUUGAAAAUACCUUUAACUCAGCUUGCCUGUGACAGCUGCGGAAAGGGUUGCAUAAUUAAUUAAUUUCCAGAGGCGUUAGUUCAUCUUUCUUCCUCAGCUGUCCUAUGCUCUUUCCAACCUGCUGCUUCUGAGCACCAGUAACCGAUUUCCUUUCGGUCUUUCAUAGCUGUUGCUGGUUUCUCGUUUGCUGUGUGUGGUUCUCGUCCGUACAUGCCAGUGUGGGUGUCUGGGACCCAAGAAGAUAAUGGGAUUUUCUAAGAACUUAGGCAUUUCAUUUUCUUUAUCCACAAGAGAAAGCGAAUUAGGGGAAUGUGGUGUCUCUUUUUAUACUUUAAAAUCAGUGAUGUCACGAUGGUUUUCUUUGUAGUAUGCAUGUUUUAUAAUAAAACUUACACUUUGUCUUCCUAGAA